UAUGAAAAUUCUUCUUUCUUCUUUUUACAUUUUUUUAAUAUCCACAAUUUUUCUUUUUCCAACAUCUCCGCCGUGUGAACCACUCCGCAGACAAAACCUCACCGCCUACCAACAACUAUGAUAUCAAAGCGCCUCCUUCACCCUUCUCAAUCCUCCUUCUCUAUUCCCACCACUCUUCCACCCUUUCACUUUUCUUCAUCAUCUUCUUCUUCAACCCCCCAACCUAACAACCCCAUUCCUCCUUAUUCCCUUUCACAAUCCCUUUCUCACUUCCACCGCACUCUCCAACAAUAUCCCAAUUCACCACCCUCUUAUUCAUCCUGCAACACUCUCAUACACAACCUUCGUAAAACAAAACAAUACCACCUUGUAAUCUCUGUUCAUUCAAAAAUGGUCAGUGUUUCUGUUUUCCCAUGUUUUACUUCUUUAUCUGCUUUGAUUGAAAGUUUUGUCAAUACCCAGAAACCAGGUUUUGCUCUUGGGGUCUUGGGCUUGAUCAUGAAGCGUGGCUUUCAUGUUAAUGUGUAUAAUAUGAACCUUUUGUUGAAGGGCUUUUGUCAAACAGGUGGUGGUGAUUGUGAUAAGGCUCUGGAUUUGUUUUGUAUGAUGAAAAGGAAUUGUGUUCUGCCUGAUAGUGUUAGUUAUAAUACUGUUAUUAAUGGACUUUGUAAAGAUAAUAGAUUUGUUGAAGCUAGGGGUUUGUUUGAGGAGAUGAAGGUUGGGGAUUGUCAACCGAAUUUGGUUACGUUUAGUGCUUUGAUUCAUGGCUUUUGUAAGAAUGGGGAUGUUGAAGAGAGUUUUGGUUUGUUGGAGGAAAUGGAGAAGAUGGGUUUGGUGGCGGAUGUUUUUGUGUAUAGUGAUUUGAUUAGUGGGUUUUGUAACAGAGGUGAUGUUGAGAGGGGAAAGGAACUUUUUAAUGAGAUGCUGAAGAGGAAUGUUAGUCCUAAUGUUGUUACUUAUAAUUGUUUGAUGCAUGCUCUUUGUAAGAAAAAGAGGUGGCAAGAAGCCUCGAAAAUGUUGGAUGAUAUGACGGCUUGUAAAGUUCGUCCUGAUGUUGUUGCGUAUACGGUUUUAGCUGAUGGGCUUUGCAAAAACGGGAGGGCAUCAGAUGCGAUUAAAGUGUUGGAUUUGAUGGUUCAAAAGGGGGAAGAGCCGAAUAAUGUGACGUAUAAUGCUAUCAUAAAUGGACUUUGUAAGGAAGGCCGGGUUGAUGAUGCACUUGACAUUCUAGAAACUAUGGCGAAGAAGGGGAAGAAACCUGAUGUGGUUACCUACAACACGUUAUUGAAAGGACUGUGUGGUGUUGGAAAAAUUGAUGAGGCAAUGGACCUUUUGAACCUAUUAUUAAGCAAGGAGUUUCAUAUAAAGCCUGAUAUCUUCGCGUUUAAUUUUGUAAUUCAAGGACUUUGCAAAGAACAACGUCUUCAUGAUGCCAAAAGGGUUUAUUCUACAAUGGUUGAAAGAGGGUUCCAAGGUAACAUAGUUACUUAUAACAGUUUGAUUGACGGUUAUCUUAGUGCUGGAAAGCUUACCAAGGCAUUAGAAUUAUGGAAAUAUGCAGUAGACUUGGGGUUUUCCCCCAACUCAAUGACCUAUACUAUCUUGAUUAACGGUCUUUGCAAAAUGCAAAUGCUAAGCAUUGCAAAAGGACUUUUCAAUAAAAAAAGAGCUUCUGGAACUAAACCGACAGUAAGUGAAUACAAUACACUAAUGGCAUCUUUAUGCAAAGAAAGUAGUUUGGAGCAGGCUAGGAUUUUAUUUCAAGAAAUGAGAAAUGUGAAUCACGAUCUUGAUGUUGUCUCGUUUAAUAUAAUAAUUGAUGGAACCCUUAAAGCGGGAGAUAUUAAAUCUGCCAAGGAAUUGCUAUUAGAGAUGCUUAACAUGGAUUUGGUCCCAGACUAUAUUACAUUUUCUACGUUAAUAAACAGGUUCUUAAAACUUGGGAAGUUGGAGGAAGCCACAUCGCUUUACGACAGAAUGGUUUCCUGUGGUCAUGUACCAGAUGCUGUGCUAUUUGAUUCUUUGCUAAAGGGCUAUAGUAUAAAGGGAAAGACGGAAAAGGUUAUUUCCACGCUUCAACAAAUGGCAGAUAAAGAUGUUGUUCUGGACUCGAAAUUAACUUCUACCAUCCUAGCUUGCCUUUGUAACAUCCCAAAAGAUAUUGAUAUAAAGAAGAUACUUCCGAAAUUUUCACAACAUUCAUCCUUAGGAGCUAGCGUUAAAUGUAAUGAACUUCUGAUGAAACUGAAUAAGGUUCAUCCAGAGCUUCAAUUAUUUCUUGUGUGAUGAUUUUUGCGUACAGUGAACGUGCUACCAUGGUGCUCUUUAUACAUAUACAAAUAUACUAUUAAAAAGUAUGUUUUGGAGAAUUUUUUUGUCUUAGUUGCAUGGAUAUGUGAAUGUGUAUUAGUGUAUAUAAUAUAGUGAGAAUAGAAACUGUCAGCUUACACAAGCAUCUUGUAUGUGGCAUCGAAAACCCACAACCAUCUUCUGGACUCGAGCGAGCGGUCAUCAAAAACCUGCAACCAUCUUCUGGAUUUGGGCAAUCAUCGAAACCCAGAAGCUUUUUUUUCCCAAUUUUGUUCAGGUACUCUAUUCUAUUAUGCUUUGUUGUCAGUGGACUCUUAAUCCUUCCAGAAAGUUUAGUAGAAAGGAAAAAUCACGGCAAGUAUCAUAAACAUAUGCACACAAGUUUGAUAAUAGUGCUUUAAAGGCCAUUUAUGAUUUUGAUAGAUUUUGCAUGAUUGUUGCUCUCUCCAUAGGGAAGUUCUCUGUAUUGAUUGGUUUCAAAUGACGCCUUGAUGUGAUUAGCAUCAUUGUAUUUGACAUUAUUGGUUAUGAUUUUUAGGUUUCCGAAUGGCGGCUGAAUGUGCUUGUGAUAGAUUGGUUGAGAAGGUUGUGGACAAUAAAGGAGAUGCUGAUUUAUUCUUGACAAGAAAAUUCGUAUUGGACAACCCAAACGCAUAGACAAUGCCAAGAUACUAGUUGCAAAUACUGCAAUGGACACAGACAAGGUGAAGAUUUACGGGGAGCCUGUGUCCGUGUUGACUCUAUUGCUAAAGUUGCUGAGAUUGAAGGAGCUGAGAAAGAGGAGAUGAAAGAAAAGAUGAACAAGAUGAUAGGUCAUGGCAUCAAGUGUUUUGUUAACAGACAGUUGAUAUACAAUUUUCCAGAGGAGCUCUUUGCUGAUGCUGGAAUAUUGGCUAUUGAGCAUGCAGAUUUUGAUGGAAUUCAAUUGAGUGUCUGGCUCUGGUAAUUGGUGGUGACAUUGCUUCAACCUUUGACAACCCUGAGUCUGUUAAGCUUGGGCAUUGUGACCUUAUUGAAGAGAUUAUGAUUGGUGAGGAUAAAUUGAUUUAGUUUUCUGGUGUGGCAUUGGGGCAGGCAUGCACAAUAAUUUUGAGAGAUGCCAGCCACCAUGUUCUUGGUGAAGCUGAGAGGUCAUUGCAUGGAGGGGUGUAAUCGGUUCGGUCUGGACCGGUUUUUGGUCAAUAAAAGGUCCGAACCGAUGAUAUCUUCAUUGGUUUGAUUUGGUUUUUAAUAUUUUUCAAAAAUGGAACCGAACUAAAUGGUUUGGUUCGGUUUGAUUUGGUUUGGUUGAUCGGUUUAUAGUAUUUAAAAAAAAUAAUUAUAUUCAUAGUAUAUUCUCCACUAUUGUAUUUUUUUAU